CCACCCUCCUCCUCCUCUUCCUCUCGUGCCCCAGCCCCGGGUGUGGCUUUGGGGACAGCCGAGCCCGUGGGGACGCUGCCAGCCGGGGCCGGUAACGGGGUGCAGCCCAGCGGGGCAGGGAAGGACCGCCAGCUGCUCCCCGCCAUCCCAUUCCCCCCCAAAAAUCCCCUGGGGCACAGCGGAGACCGCAGCCAGCUGAGCCCCCCGUGCCUCAGUUUCCCCGCUGCCCGGAGCCAUGUGGCGCUGCCGCGUGCGGGAGGUGACAAUGUCAACACGGCGAGGGGACAGCGCCGCGUGACGCGCAGGGAAGGGUGUUCCAGGCGGGCCGAGAGCCGCAGGAUUUCCCCUUUUUUUUUUUUUUCCUUUUUUUUUUUUUUUUUUUUUUUUUUUUUUUUUUCCCCCCUCCUCCCUCCCCGGCCGGGCCGAGGCGGCGCCCAUGGAGUUCUCGGAGCUGAUCAAGACGGCGACAGUGGAGGACGUGCUGCUGUCGCGGCCGGGGGUGGCGGCGGUGCGGGGCACGCUGUGCAUCACCAGCCACCACCUGCUGCUCUCCUCCUGCCCCCGCGGCGACCUGGAGCUCUGGCUGCUCAUCCGCAACGUGGACGCCGUGGAGAAAAGGUGGGCUCGUCCCCAAAGCUGUCGCUGUCGCCGUGCCCGAGCUGGGGGAUCCCCCCCUGUCCCGGGUACCCCACGGGCACCGCGCUGCCCCGCCCGGCCGUGUCCUUCCUCUUCCUCUCCCUGCUGGCGGGGCAGGGCGGGCAUGGACUCCUCUCCCCCUCAGAGUGCACAAUUUAGGCUGGUGCCACCCCCGCGGAGUGGCGGCUCCCUGCGGGACACCAGGGUCUCGGGCUCCUCGGGCACCGUCACGCUGCGCUGCAAGGACCUGCGGGUGCUGCAGCUGGAGAUCCCGGGCAUGGAGCAGUGCCUGGACGUCGCCGGCUCCAUCGAGCAGCACAUCGUUAUUGUUUACCUUUCUUCCCUGAGCCUCCUCAGGAGAAAAACUCCUAGCAGAGGCCUUUUCCCAAGCCACGAAUCUCUGGCCGCACAGGCGCUGUGCUCGCUGGACUCGGUGAUGCUGACGUACCCGUUCUUCCACCGCCCGCCGGGCCUGCGGCUGCAGCACGGCUGGCACCGCGCUGUCCCCGAGCGCCACUUGCAGCGGGUGGCCUCGCAGACCAGCCAGUGGCGGCUGAGCUCCGUGAACGGCGACUUCGGCGCGUGCCCCUCGUACCCGCGGGCCGUGCUGGUGCCCGCGGCGCUGGGCGACGAGGCCGUGGCCAAGGCGGCGCGGUUCCGCCAGGGUGGCCGCUUCCCCGUGCUCUGCUACUUCCACCCCAAAAACGGCACCGCCCUGCUCCGCAGCAGCCAGCCCCUGACGGGUCCCAACCGGCGGCGCUGCCGCGAGGACGAGCAGCUCCUGGGGACAGUCCUGGGCGAGGGCGAGCGCGGCUUCGUCAUCGACACGCGCUCGGCGCAGGCGGCCAAGCAGGCGCGGAUGAGCGGCGGCGGCACCGAGCCCAAAUCCUCCUACCCGCGGUGGCGGCGGCUGCACCGCGCCCUGGAGAGGGGCCGCCCGCUGCAGGAGAGCUUUGCCAGGCUGGUGGAGGCGUGCAGUGACCCUGCCCUGAGCAUGGAGCGCUGGCUGGGCCGCCUGGAGGGCAGCCGCUGGCUCAGCCACGUCAAGGCCGCCCUGAGCACGGCCUGCCUGGCUGCCCAGUGCCUGGACAGGGAGGGCUGCAAGGUGCUGGUGCACGGCGCCGAGGGCACGGACACCACGCUGCUGGUGACGGCGCUGGCCCAGCUCAUCCUGGACCCCGCCUGCCGCACCCUGGAGGGAUUCCAGGAGCUGCUGGAGCGGGAGUGGAUCCAGGCCGGGCACCCCUUCCAGCUGCGCUGCGCCCGCUCCGCCUGCUCCCACGCCCGGGGCAAGCAGGAGGCGCCGGUUUUCCUCCUCUUCCUCGACUGCGUGUGGCAGCUGAGCCGGCAGUUCCCCUUCUCGCUGGAAUUCGGGGAGCAGCUGCUGCUCACCCUCUUCGACAACGCCUACGCCUCGGCCUACGGCACCUUCCUGUGCAACAACGAGAAGGAGAGGAGCCUGUGUAAGGUGAGGGAAAGCACCCACUCGCUGUGGGCCUGGCUGAACCAGCCUGAGGAGAAGCACAAGUACCUGAACCCUCUGUACUCGCACAACCCCUUGGUGAUCUGGCCCUCCGUGGAGCCCCAGAGCAUCCAGCUGUGGCAGGGUUUCUUCCUUCGCUGGAUCCGUCCCUCCCAGCACCUGGAUGAGGCCUGGGUGGAGAUCCAGAGGUUGGUGCAGGGAAAGAACUCCUCCCUCCAGGAGAGCACAGGGAAAAGGCUGAGCCAGCCCCUCCCUGAGCCCUCUGCUGGGACAGAGAACGGUGAAACGGGGACAGCUGGGACAAGGUGACACUGGAAAUCGCCAUGGGAAGGGCUGUGCAGGACACAGACCCCGUGGGCAGCUCUGGGACAGGGGACAGACCCUCCCCAGCCUUCAGCUGCCCACCCUGAGCUCGUUUCAGUAAAUCUCUCUCCCAGCC